AUGAUUCACAGACUCUUUGUAGCUUACUUAUGCCUCUUUAUCGAAGAAAGUUCAUUAGGACGCCAGUACUGGAAAAAGAAUUUGAUGAAGCUCUUGCAAACCGUUGCCGCUACUUUUGAUCUCCUUCUGCAAGAUUCAAACUCCAGCCAGGUGGAGUGGCAUUACGUCACGAUAAAGGUUUGCCUGCAUCUCUUCAAACGGAUGUCAGAAGAAAUUCAGCCCCUCGUCUGGGAGGAAACGGAUCACAGAGAAAUGCUGCAAAAGAUCUUGAGAUCCCUGGUGCAUACCAUCAUGGAUCAGAGUGCUUGCCAAGACAACCGUCUCUUGGCUGGAACAACGGUGAGCAUGAUGGUGAACACCGCCGCGGAAGUUGAAGCAGGCGCCAAAACAAUCUGGGCUUUUUACCCCCUUAUAAAUUUGAAUGCCCAAAGAACAGAAGAACACAAAGGGGGGUGCCAGUUUGGGGCCCUUUGGAUCCCCGCUUUCAUCCUCAACCCAGGUGGUUUGGACACACUGGUGAUGACCCGUGGCUUACUAACCUGUUGCAAGAAAGAGAUCUUGACCUGCCUUCUGGAUGGUACCCCGCCAAAG